AUGGCGAUGACUACUCAACAGAAUAGCAGAGCGGACCUAGUCUCCAACAGCCUGGGUGGAGAGUACCUGCCCGCCGCGACAAAGUCCAAGUCGUCCGACAUACUGAAGAUGAGAAGAACGCUCAUGGAUAGCUACAACGAAACCGUGCGGAGUGCUCCUAAGAUUGGCUUUGGCACGGCCGGCCGGCCGCCCCUGCAGGAUGGGGGAGCCGAAGCACCGGGACCCGGGGCGUACCAACUCAAAUCCACCAUGUUUGUUAACCCCAGCAGCAUGAUUCGAUCUCCUCCAAGUUUCACAAUGCGAGGGCGCGAAAAGUUCGGAUCUCCUGACUUGAAAGCGAUCGAUCGGACUUGCCAGCUGGAACCCGGACCAGGGCACUACAAGUUGGCCAUCGUCAACCCUCAAGAAGAAAACGCCCCAAAGUAUACAUUCCCCAAAGAUGCUGGCGCGAUGAUCAGAGAAAACGUUGUCCGUGCGCCUGGGCCCGGCCGGUACAACCUACAUCCCGGAGUAGGAAAGCAGGUUUUAUCGACGAAGCGGAGUCACAACGGAGUGGGCUUCGGCACGGGCAACCGGCCCGAUUUGUUGGUUCAGAGCACCGCCGACGUGGGACCCGGAGAAUACUCUAUCCCGGGAUCGACCGGUGAACGUCAGGUUGACUCGAGAAGGUGCAACAAAAGCGGUGCGAAAUUCUCCAAGGCCGUUCGGAUGGGAAAGCCCGGAAGUUUGGAAGAUGUGGCGCCAGGGCCGGGAAACUAUCGCCUCCCCCCAGGAAUUUGCGGGCAGGGUGCAGCGUCGCCGUACCCGUCGGCCCCCGCCGCCACUUUGAGCGGGCGGGAGAAGUUUGGCUCCCCUUUUGGGUGGUGA